AUGAUUGACGAAAAGUACUAUUGGACUCCUGGAAACGAGCUCACUCUCGACAACUACUUGCAGAAGCGCAGGCCCUCGAUUGUUACAAAGGACGACACCGAGUGGAUCUACAUCGGCAAGCCAUCCAGUGAAGACUCGGGAGGCGAGACCAAGGUCGACGCCAUCGCCAAGGCCAUCUGCCUGGGCAAGGUCGUGGUCGACAAGCUUACCGUACGCGUCAAGGCCAUUGAGUCCGACUCCAACAUCCCCAGGAAUGCCAAGAACGGCAAGAGGAGCAAGAAGUCGAUGCGUGAUGAGCUCGGCAACGACGCGGCGAAGGAACUGCAGAAGAUUGUUAUGACGACGGGAUACACUGAGGGCAAGCUCAUGUUGUUUGUUCCUCCUGAGCAGGUCGAUGCUGUCUGGACUCAGAUCGGUCGCAGCGUCGCCCACGGCCCUCUCCACGAAGCCGGUGUGACCAAUGCCAAGGUCUCGCCCACCAGGACCGACAGCCCCUCUAGCAAGCACCUGUUCUGCAUCUACAUUGACAACGCGUACGACACGGGGCUCAUCCGAAAGGUCGCCACCGUGCUUCUCAAGGACCACGGACUGGACCCCACCGGCGCCAAGUCCAAUCUCUACAACCAUCUCGGUAUCGACAGUAGCCAUCCAUCCCAGCUGCGCCCCACCACCUUCCGUCUUGACGAGGCUCUCAAGGCGCAGUACGACCCCAAGGUCGAAAAGGAACGCAACAAGACGGCCGCCACCGCCGCUGCCACCGACGGCCAGAGCAUCAAGCCCGGAGCCAACUCCGCCAAGCGCCAGCACUCCAAUGCUACCGACAAGAAGCCUGUUGCAAAACGUCCUAAGACCGCCGCGACCAUGUACAAGGAGGGCGACAUGUUUGCCGGCUCGGACGAUGAGGAGAAGUAG